AUGUUAAGGCAUGUAACUUCUAUUAUACUUUUCUUUAUCAUCGUUAUUCUUCGUCAAAAUUUGAUUGCAAAAGAAUUACGUUGUCGAUGUUUAAUGAAUGAUUCAACCUGUUGGCCAAAUUUAUCAGUUUGGCGAACUUUUAAUGAAUCUGUCAAUGGACGAUUAAUUCCUGUUCAACCAUCUGUUGCAUUUUGUACUGGCAAUCCACCGAAUAUUGACGUCUGUGCUAAUGCCAUUGCUCAAUGGACAAAUGCUACAUGGCGUAGUGAUCAAGUUGGAGCUAUGCAAAAUCAUAAUUGGGAAAAUACUUCAUGUUCAGACGACCUAGGUAAUGUUACAUGUACUCAAGGAUCUGUUCCUCGAUUAGCAGUAAAUGCUACAACUGCCGAACAUGUCCAAGCAACGGUACGCUUGGCUAAUACGAACAAUCUUCGAUUAGUAAUAAAAACUACUGGACAUGAUUAUUUGGGUCGUUCAACAGCUGCUGAUUCUUUACUUCUCUGGCUUCAUUAUAUGAAAACUAUAACUUUAGAACAAUAUACAUCAUGUACUGGUGAAAAUAUCUCGAAUGCAGUUCGUAUAGGUGCUGGUGUACAAUGGGGUGAAGCGUAUGCUUGGUUAUCUACUUAUAAUUUGAUAGCAAUUGGAGGUGCAUCACCAACUGUAGGAGCUAUUGGCGGUUUUUUACAAAAUGGUGGUCAUGGACCAUUGACCCGUUGGAAAGGUAUGGCUGCUGAUCAAGUUCUUGAAUUUGACGUUGUUACUGCCGAUGGAGAACGUCAAACAGUUAAUGCUUGUCAAAAUAAAGAUCUAUUUUGGGCGUUACGCGGUGGAGGUGGUGGAAGUUUUGCUGUUGUUCUUUCGACAGUUUUACGUACUUUUCCUUCUCCAUCCAUGGUUAGUAUUCUUUACACAAUUUCUGCAGCGAAUGAAAUACGCUAUGCUCAUUUCAUUCGAGACUUUAUUCGAUUUAUGCCAACAUUAGCUGAUGCUGGCUGUGCUGGCUAUUUUUAUAUGAUAGAUACGACUAUUAGCAUUGCAUUUUUCGUACCAAAUGGAGAUCUCACUGUAACUACUGCGAUAAUCGAUCAAUUAAUGAAGAAUUAUACAGAUUUACAAUUUAUACAGAAUUCUAUCGCUACAUUCCCAUCAUUUUACGCUUAUUUUUCGCAAACAAUGGCUAAAUCGAAUCCUACCGGUGGCAAUGUUCUACUCGGAUCUCGUCUCAUUCCUGAAACAAUCGUUCGUAAUCAACCCGAUCAAGUAGCUGAAGCACUCUUUCAAACCAGAGGUCACAGUAAAAAUCAAUCGAUGCUAAUCGGACAUCUGGUAGCUGGUGGACAAGUAUCAAAUACAUUGAUUGAUAAUAGUGUCAGUCCUGGAUGGCGUACCGCACUUCUACAUAUGAUUCAUGCGCAAGAAUGGAAUGAUAAUACAUCAGUUGUUGAUCAAGAAAUUCUUGCUUCACGUCUUCGAACUCAAGUUGAUAUUCUUCAAACUAUAGCUGGUGGUGCACAAUCAAGCUGUUAUAUAAACGAAGCUGAUCCGAAUGAACCGAAUUGGCAACAGAAAUUUUUCGGUACACAAGUAAACUAUGAUCGAUUAAAAUCCAUUAAAAAAUCUGUCGAUCCAAAUGGUCUAUUUAUUUGUAAGAAUUGUGUUGGUAGUGAUGACUGGUCCACUGAUCUUAAUUGUCUGAAAAAAUCUACCGCAAAUCGAGUCCAUAUUACAAUGCAUGUAUUUGUUCUCGUGAAACUAUUUCAAUUUUUCAAAUGA